AUGCCCGCGGGCGUGUCCUGGGCGUCCUACCUGAAAAUGCUCGCCGCCAGCCUCCUGGCCAUGUGCGCCGGCGCGGAGGUGGUGCACCGGUACUACCGGCCGGACCUGACAAUACCUGAAAUUCCACCACAGCCUGGAGAACUCAAAACAGAGCUUUUGGGACUGAAAGAGAGACAACAUGAACCUCAAAAUUCAUCUCUGCCAAGAACUCUGUGA